AUGGAAAACGGACACAUUGGUGAGUGGAUUUUUUUUAUCUGGAGGCGAUGAAUAAGUCAAAAGCGCCCCAUUGAACUAUGAAUUUUGAAAAUUGGUUUUUUUUUUCCAGAAGAAACUAACAACUUUGAGGCUUCGGCCACAACCAACGGAACAUCGACCAACGGUGGAGUUGUUCAAAUCAACAUGGACUACAACACUGACUUCCCAACCCUUCCCGACGCUGCUCCAACCAACAACUCGGCCGCCAACGCAGCCGGAGCCAAAGUUCCCGUCUGGUCACGACCAUCGCUCGCCAAAAAGGACGUUGUCGUCACAUUCCGCUUGGCCUCCGAUGAACGAUCAUCGAGAGUCAAGAGUUUUGGAAAUACCAGCGAGGAGCAAAAGAAGGCGCAAUUUAUUGCACAACAAACUAGUGAGUAUUUAGCUGCUAGGAAUUUCGAAAUUCAAAUGGCCUGGCAACGGGGAUUUUGAGCACAUUUAAAAAUGUUCAAAUAUUGAUGAAUGAAACUCAAAAUGCACUUACUUCACCAAAAAUUGAAGUUGAACAUAAAUUUCAGAAAACAUGAAAAACUGAAAAAAUUAAAAGUUAUAUGUGGCCGAACUAUUUUGGACAUAUAUCUUUUAAUUUUUUUCAGUUUUUCAUUUUUUCUGAAAUUUACGUUCAACUUCAAUUUUUUGUGAAGUAAGUGCAUUUUUGAGUUUCAUUCAUCAAUAUUUGAACAUUUUUAAAAGUGCUCAUAAUCUCCGUUGCUCGGCCAUUCAAAGGGGGAAUACCCUACGAUACACUAUUAGAUUCAGAAUUUCCUAUGCACCAAAAUUUCUGGCUCACAAAACAUACACGUUUUCAGCUCCCAAAUAUGUUCGAAAAUGAAUUAGACACUGUGUAAGUCUAUUUGCGAGCAUAUUUUGGAGGCUGAAAACGUGUAUGUUUUGUGAGCUAAAAAUUUUGGUGCAUAUGAAAUUCUGAAUCUAAUGAUGUAGUACUCCCCUUUGCCAGAAGUUCGAAAUUCAAAAUAUUUUUUUUUUCUAGAAACCCGCAUCGAGUUGAGCGAAUCAAAAGACGGUGAACUCACCGUUGUUGUUCGCGGAGAACGUGCCAAGGUUGAAGAUGCUCGCGCUCGUAUCGUCCGCGACCUCCAAACCCAAGCCUCUCGCGAUGUCGAAAUUCCAAAAGAGCACCACGGAAAACUCAUCGGCAAAGAAGGUCAACUUUUGCGUCAAUUGGAACAAUCGACAAAUUGUCGUAUUCAUAUCCCUGGACGUGAUGAUGCGUCGCGAGCCAUCAAAAUCACCGGACCACGCGAGGGAAUUCAACGCGCUGCCGCUCAUAUUCUCGCCGUCUCGGAACGUGAAUCGAAAUUGGCCACCGAGCACGUGAUUUGUCCAAAACACUUGGUUCCAUUUGUUCGUGGACCAUUCAAUAAGACUUAUGAGCGUUUGACUGCUGAGACUGGAGCCAAGAUUAAUAUUCCACCAGCAGCUGUGCAAAAUGAGCUUAUCUCAAUCACUGGUGAAAAAGAUGGUGUUCAUCGUGCCGCCGCGGAAAUUCGCGCAAUUUUGGAAUCGAAAAAGAAUGUUUCGACAGUCACAAUUCCAGUCAAUCGUGCACAACACAGAUAUAUUGUUGGACAACAAAGAAGUGGAAUUCAUGAGAUUCUUGAGAAGACUGGUGUUAUUGUUGAUGUUCCAAAUGAGGAAUUGAAUAGCGAUAUUGUUACGUUGAUUGGAGAUUCAGCACUUUUGGGACAAGCUUUGGAAUUGGUUGUGAAUCGCGCCAGUUCGGUUAUCACACAAUCGAUUAAUGCUCCAACUUGGUUGCACAAACAUUUGAUUGGACCAAAGGGUGCUACUCUUACUGUAGGUUUUUUUUUCAAUUUAAAAAUUAGAUUUAUUUUUGUUUUUAUUUCUACUUUUUUUCAGGCCCUCGUUCCAAACCGCAAUAGUGUUCAAAUCGAAUUCGACGACAAUGGCACUAUCUUCUUCGAAGGUGCUCCAGCUGAAGUCAAAUUGGCUCAAACCGCUUUGGCCGCUGAAGUUGCUCGUCUCAUCUCAUCGAUGGCGAUUGAAAAAGUCAAGGUUCAUCCAAGUCUUCAUAGACAUGUUAUUGGACGUGGUGGAUCAUUGAGUAGGUUUCUUGAGCUUCGGAUUCCCAAACCCCCCAACUUGGGGAAUUUGACGAAUAAAAUAUUUUUUUUUUCAGUUUCGAAAAUCAAGGAUCAACACGAAGUUCAAAUCACAAUUCCAAACGAGACCACAAACUCUGACGAAAUUACCAUCGAAGGAAAGAAGGAUGGUGUGAAGAAGGCUGUUGCUGAAAUUCGCGCAAUCGUCACCAAAAUUGAGAAUGAGAAAUCGCGUGAUAUUAUCAUUCCACAAAGACUUCACAAACUUAUCAUUGGAACCAAAGGAGCUGGAGUUCAACAAAUUCGCGACGCUCAUCCAAAUGUUUCGAUUCUCUUCCCAGACGCGAAAAACAAGUCGGAUGUUGUGAAUAUUCGUGGAGACAAGAACGAGGUCGAUGCGGUCUACAAGAAAUUGACUGUUUUGAGCAAGGAAUUGGCCGAGAAUAAUUUCCAACAAACAGUUUCGGUGUUCAAAGAGUUUUUGAAGCAUAUCAUUGGAAAAGGUGGAGCCACCAUCAGAAAGAUUCGUGAUGAAACUGAGACUCGUAUCGAUUUGCCGGAUAAUGAUGAUGAUAAGAUUACUGUGACUGGAAAGCAGGCGAAUGUUGAGAAGGCGAUUGCACAAUUGAACAAGAUUCAAGAGGAAUUGGCGAAUGUUGCUGAAGAAACUUUGGAUAUUCCACAAAAAGUUCAAGCGAGACUUUUGGGAAAUGGAAGAAGACUCAUUUCAGAUAUUGAGGAAGAAUGUGGAGGUGUUCAUAUCAAAUUCCCAACUGAGAAGAGUGAAUCAACCAAGGUUACAAUUCGUGGACCAGCUGGUGAUGUCGCAAGAGCUGUUGGCUUGCUCACCGCUUUGGCCAAGGACAAGGAAGCCAAUUUCACCGAGGAUACCGUGAAGGCUAAAAGUGAGUUCCAUCGAUUCCUCAUUGGAAAGGGUGGCUCGAAAAUUGCCAAGCUCCGCGAGCAAUUCAAUGUUCGUAUCAUGUUCCCAAGAGAAGGUGAUGCUGAUAAGGAGACGAUUCAUUUGCUCGGACCAAAUGAUGAGGUUCCAAAAGCCAAGGCUCAAUUAGAAGAGGCUAUUCGACAAUUAUCGGAGACUGUUGACAUCAAAUUGAUUGUUGAUCCAAAAUACUAUAAACACUUUUUGGUGCGCGGAGCUGCGUUGGUGAGAGAAAUUCAAGAGCAAAAUGGAGGAGUUGUGAUUUCGUUCCCGAAAAAUGGAACUGAUAGCAAUGAGGUUUCAUUGAGAGGAUCGAAGCAAUGUGUUGAAUCGGCCAAGUUGAAGAUUGAGGAGAUUGUUGAAGAUCAUGAGAAACAAAUCACAACAAACAUCUCGAUUCCUGCACAAUUCCAUCGAUCACUUUUGGCUGGACGUGCUCAAAAGAUUCAGGAACUUCAAUCGCAAUUCAAUGUUCAAAUUCGAUUCCCAAAUAAUCGCGAUAAUUCGCUUAGCGGAGAAGAGGCUGACAAGGUUUCGAUUUCGGGUAGAGAUACCAAAGUGGCUGAUGCUAUUGAGGCUCUUUUGGCGUUGGUUCCGAUUUCGAAGGUUAUUCAAUUGCCGACUGAUAUGCAUAGAACUUUGAUUGGAAAGGGUGGAGAAUCUGUGAGUUUUGGGAAGAUUUUUAGACUGAAAAAAAAAACAGUGCAAAGACCAGUUCAAAAAUUUACCAAUUUUCAAUUUUUCCAGAUCCGCAAAUUGAUGACUGAGUACGAUGUCAAUAUCUUGAUUCCAAAAGACAAUGCAAGCGAAGAUAUCACAGUUACCGGACAAGUUGAGAAUGUUGAGCAGGCAUUGGAAGGUUUGCGCGAAAAAUUGGUUGAAUAUGAAGCUCAAGCUGAAGAUCGCAAAUUGAAGCAAUGGUCGAUGACGAUCGAAGUUCCAUCGGAUUAUCAUCAAAAAAUCAUUGGACAACGUGGCGCCACAAUUACAGCGCUCAAGGAGAAAUUCGGAGUUUACAUUAAUGUGCCACGUGAAGAGGGUAACGAGAAUAUCACAAUUCAAGGAUAUGAGGAGAAGGCUCGCGCGUGUGCUGCUGAAAUUGAGGAGAUGAUUGGUGAUUUGAGAAGUUUGUUCACUCAAGAGAUUAGUCUUGAUUCGAGAUAUCAUCCGAGAUUGAUUGGAUCGAAGGGAAAGAAUUUGAAGAAGGUUAUGGAAGAUUAUCGUGUUGAGAUUCGUUUGCCACGUCACGGAGCCGAAGAUCCAAAUUUGGUUGUUAUUGCUGGAAAAGAUGAGAAUGAUGUUUAUGAUUGUAUUGAUUUCUUGAGAGCUGAAGAAGAAGACUUCUUGUUGGAUAAUGUUGAUCGAUUCAUGUCGAAUAGAUCAAACGAGAAUGGACAUCAUCAUAAUCAAUCAUCGAAUGGCAAUGGAAAUGGUGUGCAAAUUCGCGGAGCACCAUGGCAACAAUUGGAUAUUGGAAGUGCUGAACAAUUUCCCGAUAUGGGACCACAAGCGACGGCUGCCAGUCAUGUUGGUGGAGGAGCUUGGGGAGCGUCGCGUCGUUGGUAGAUUUUGGUGAGUUUUCUUUUUUGCCUGGCGGGAAAUGGGGAAGUUUGAAAAUUUCAUUUUGAAACAGUGAAAUUUGAUGACUUUCUGGAAAAUUUGAAUUCAAAAUUUUUGAUCUCCAAAGUCCACGUGGAAAAAUCUGAAAAUUGAAAUUUUUAGCUUAAAAAUCCACGUAUGAAAUUUUGAGCUCGAAAUUCCACGUGGCAUAAUUUUGGGCUUCAAACCUCAAAUUUCAAAAUGUUGAGCUCAGAAAUUCAACGUGUCAAAAUUUCGAGCUCAAAAAUCCACGUGGCAUAAUUUUGGGCUUAAAAAUCCAAAUUUUGAGCUCAAAAAUCCAAAGUUGAAAAUUUUGACCUCAAAUAUCCACGUGGAAAAAUUUUGAGCUUGAAAAUCGAAAUUUUGAGCUCAAAAAAUCCACGUGGAAAAAUUUGGGGCUUAAAAAUUCAAAUUUUGAGCUCAAAAAUCCAAAUUUCGAAAUGUUGAGCUCAGAAAUCCACGUGUGAUGUUUUUGAGCUCGAAUUUCCACGCCGCAAAAAUUGCAAUUUUCAGAAUUUCAAGUUUUCUGAAUUUUUGACUGAAACUUUAAAAAUUCUCAAGUAGCCUAACUCUAAAUUUUUUUGCAGAAAUGUCUCAUUCAACUCGUCGUCCUCUUCUCCUUGGCAAAUUUCCAAAUUUCUUCGAAGUCUUCUUCUUUUUUUUCGUCCUGA